AAAGAUGGAAAAUCACACAGCAGCCAGCCCAGCGGGCAGGCAGGCAGGCAGGCAGAGUUGCUGAGAGAGACUAGAAUGAAUGAAAGCCUGAGGCUGCUCUUCUGCUGAUGGAAGAGGCAAAGUCUGCAACAGCGAAAGGGCCCUUUCUGUGAUGAUGAGAUAGAAAAAGAAAAAGAGUGCUUCUUUUUCUCCUGAAUUCAUCCGCUCAUCUCUGCAUUUUCGAUCUGAGAAUGCGCCACACACACGGAUCUGACCCCUUGCUUCUGCUCUUCACUCGCAUCACCUCACCUCCCUUCCCACUCACUUUUCGUAAUCAUCAUUCAUUUUCAUUCCCACUCGGUACUUCUGCUGGCUUCCGCUGAGUUCGUGUUUGAGGCGCGGCUGACUUCAACUGUCUGUCACGCUGCCAAAAUGGCGACUCUGUACUUGUGAUAGAGAUUCUCAAUUGUGUGGAGUUUGGCUUUAAGGUCGGGUUCAACUCUGUAGGAGAAGUCUAGGGUUCACGACGGCUUUGAAUUGAAUCUUUCGCCUUUCUGCGCGGUUGCUUGAUUCAUGCUUAUGUAAGGUUCUAAGGCUUGGAAUUUGAGUUUGACGUGGCACUGGAAUUUGGAUUGUUGCUUUCACAAUGGGGGAGUUGAUUUUUAGUUUACUUUGCUUUUCAUUGAAUUACAAGUUUGUUUGUGGUGUUGAUUGCUGACGGCAUCAAAUAGAUUCGCUUAUUAAUGCUGCAAGCUACAGCUUGGUUACACUUCCACGUUAGCAUGGGUUGCUAUUUCCAUCUCAGUUGAUUUGAAUUGGGCUGGAGCGAUAAUUGUUUUGGUGGAAAUGCCUCCUUCUCCAGCAUUGAGAUGCUCUCCUGGGACGGAGCUCAGAGGGGACAAUCACUUGCUCAUGAGGGAGAAAGAUGAUGAUCUUACUUUGUUCAAGGAGAUGCAGACCAGAGAAAGUGACUAUUUCCUGCUUCAGUCUAAUGAUGAGUUUGAAGACAUGUUCUCUACGAAGUUGAGAUACUUCUCAGAUUGUAACCUUGGACUCUCUAUCCCUGCAAGAGGUGAGAGCAGUGACCUGCUUAAUGCAGAUGGGGAGAAGAAUGACUAUGAGUGGUUAUUAACUCCUCCUGAUACACCUCUCUUCCCUUCUUUGAAUGACGAGACGUCUCCGGUCUCAGUUCCACAAAGGGGAAGACCACGAAGUCAACCCAUUGCUAUCUCAAGAUCAUCCACAAUGGACAAGAGUAACAGAAGUAGUAGAGGUAGUGCGAGUCCAAAUCGAUUAAGCCCAUCUCCUCGGUCUGGCAAAAGCACUUUCCAGAUGAGGGGAAGGCCGUCUUCAGCACCCCAUUCUGGUCCACCACCUAAUUUACACUGUGCUACACCAUCACAGAGAUCAUCUCCUCCACCAAGUAAACCAUCACCACCUGCUCCAAGGUCUUCCACACCCACUCCUAAAAGGACAAGUGUGGGAUCUGGUGGUACCAUGUCCUCAUCUGGGGCAAGAGGCACCUCCCCACUAAAUAAAAGUCGAGGAAACUCAGCAUCACCAAAAGUAAGGUCAUGGCAGACCAACCUUCCAGGUUACUCAUCUGAUGCAUCUGUUAACCUGCGUAUUUCAUUGGCUGAUCGACCAGCAUCAUAUCUGAGGGAUCCCUCACCAGUAUCCAGGACUAGGAGGGAUUCAUCCUACAAAUCUGGGAGACAGUCAAUGCCUCCAACUGCUUCUAGAAGUGUCAGUUCAUCACACAGUCAGGACCUACUUAGUUCCCACAGUAAAGGUUCUGUAACAUCAUCCGGUGAUGAUGAUUUAGAUUCUCUACAAUCCAUUCCCAUGAUUAGCUCAGACUGCUCAGCUUCAAGGAGAGUUGGUUCAUUCCCAAUGAAUAGAGCUGCAGCCUUUUCCAAGAAGCCCAUUCGAACAGGAUUAUCAAGUUCUGCUCCAAAGAGAUCCUUUGACUCAGCACUUCGACAAAUGGGUCAGAAGAAAGGUUCUCAAUAUAUGUUCAGGCCACUCUUAUCUAGCGUGCCCAGUUCUACCUUUUAUGUUGGAAAAGCUAGUGCUGCUGCGAAUUGUGCUUUGACAUCUGGAACAUCCUUGGUCCCAACUAGCAGUAAUGCAGGGUUUGAUCAUGGUACUACUGGUGCACAUGAUGCUGAGGGGAACAACCAGAACCAGGAUGAUAUGGCUGGUGAAUGUGGAAAUAUAGCAUAUCCUGAAAACCAGGCUACGAGUCCUGCAGUCCAUGAUGGGCCGUCUGAUGUUCAGCAUGGUGAUUCUAGGGAAGGUGCCGGAGUUGAUUUCCAACUUGAUGGCUUUGAAAAUUUUUACUACCAUAGCAUGGAAAGCUCUGAAGUUCUGCAAAUCAAGGGGAUGACAUUAUGUUCAAGAUGUGGCUGUAAUUAUGAUGCCAUGGGAUCAACUGAGGAAGAUUUGAAACUCUGCCCGGACUGCAGGAGGUCAGAUGAACCUUUGUCUGCCAUUAGUCCAGUGCCAACCAUUAUUAUUUCUGAUAACUUCCCAAGUCAGUCGGUCAGGAUCUUAAAAAAACGUAUGUCAUUUGAUGCAAUGGAGCCUCUAAUAGCCAUGCCUGGAUCUUCAGAAGUGAUUUCCAAAACAACAGCUACUCCAUGUGAAGAGAAUGUUCAUGGAAGCCAGACUUCCUUAAGCAAACAUAUGUCAUUUGAUGCAAUGGAGCCUCUAAUAGCCAUGCCUGGAUCUUCAGAAGUGAUUGCCAAAACAACAGCUACUCCAUGUGAAGAGAAUGUUCAUGGAAGCCGGACUUCCUGUGCCAAAUUGGGCUUGAGUGUGUCGUCUGAAAACUUUCUUGCACGGAAACUGGAAGAGGAAGAAGUCUGUAGUUUAGCAAAUCAGCAGGUGAUAGGUCAACCAACUGUUGGUUAUAACACAUCUGAUGGUGCUGAUGUGACUCAGCAAAUACAGAGCUCAAGUUCAACGCUGGAUUUUUCAGAAGGUGCAGGCAUUUCUGUUCUGCUGAAGAGGUCAAACAGCGGCAAUGGGCCUGUUGUCCGGGGCAGGACAUUUAAUGCUACUAGUAUAGCUUAUGGUGAUCCAUUCUAUGUGAGAGAUGGUACAUCUAGCAUAAGAAACUCUCUUGGUAAGGGCAGUCUCUCUGCAUCAACGUCUCUCGACUUGGGCUUAGCUAGACAGACAGAGAGUCAUGUGCAAAAACAGUUAAGUGGCAGUAAAUCUAAUGUUGAAACAUGCAGGUGCAAAAUAGACACAAAGCACCAACGCACAGGAUCUUCUUUGUCAGGAAAUUUGAAUCAUGCUUCCCAAAGUUUGGGUCUUGUGACAAACAUGCACGAAGAAAGUUUUGAGGCAGCUGUCAACCCUGUUGAGAAUGAGGCCAUAGGUGUGACAGAUAUAACACUUCUUGAACAAUUAUCAGCUUCAGAAAGUGCAGGACUGGAUGGUACAUGUGUUGAAGUUGUAUGCAACAAUCAGUGUGGAACAAUGUUUCCUGCCAUGUCAGAAUUGUCAACCAAUAAUGUAAACAUUAAUGCAGGAGAGAGUGCAGUUGCUAGCUUUUCAAAUAUUGUAAAUUCUGCUUCAUAUGCAGAUGGUGAAGCCUUCCAAAAUGACAGAAGUAGUAUCUCGAAUCAAGAAGAAUCAGCAUUUACCCUUGAGGCUUCUAAAAGGGUGGAAGAUAGCAUGCCAAAUUCGUUUGUUGAUAGGGUGGAUUUUGCAGAAGUUCCUAGUCAAAUUCCAUUGGAAACAGUAUCAGAAUUAGAAAUUGAAAAUGGCCAUCUUGGCUUGCCUGGUUAUGAAUCUGUUGGUUCUCCAAAUUCAAAGAGCACAGUAGAGGAGUCACCAGAAUCUUCUGUUGCUGUCACAUCUGAUAAGGAUGUAAAAACUUCAGUUUCUGACCCUGACACCUUGGAUCAUGCACAUGGCAUCCUUGAGUCGUCAAUUGUCACAGUUGAUGGCCAUGUUGGACCUGAGGUAAGAAGCCUGACACUGGAGGAAGCAACCGACGCGAUACUCUUCUGCAGCUCUAUCAUUCACAAUCUGGCUUAUGAAGCUGCAACCACAGCAAUAGAGAAGGAAAACUCUGUGCCGUUAGAGGUCUCACGGCCAAUGGUCACCAUAUUGGGAAACUCUCACUCCGACAGAAAAAAUCCACAAGAAAGAGCUGCUGCCAAGCGCGCUUCCAAGGCCCGGUGGGCAAGGCAGAUGCCCGAGGAAACAGACCCGAAACCACCACCGUCUGGCAACGCAAAAGCAGACGCAUCGACAACACGAAUGGUAGGGGUCCGUGAUGGGAAUGAGAGUUUGAAGCCCCCCCAAAAGCUAGAGUCCAAGUGCAACUGCACAGUAAUGUGAAUCCCAUCCCCAGCAACCAGGAGGUUAAGUGAUUCUUCAUCAUUGUUUCAUUGAUUGCCAAUUUGUUUGGUUUUUUGUUUUUUGCUUGAUUGGUUCGAUAUUUGUUUGUAAGAUGCACAACUGAUCGAGUGAAAACAUAAUAAUUGUAAAGUUUUGAUUAGGUUGGUAAAUGAGAGCAGUCUAUCCUUGUUUAGUUUUA